UCGAGGGUUUCUUCCUGAUUUUACCUAGAAACACGACGCCACCCAAAGGGCUCAAAUUACGCAUUGCCAUCACAGGCGAUGAAUGAGUAUGAAUAAGUCUUUGAAUAAUAAAAGUCUCGCUCCAGGCUCAGGUACGAGGCUUCUGCUGAAGUGUGUGAACUCUGAUGCAUCUACUCCGAUGCCUCUAGUAACGAGUGGGCACACCCUGCCAGCGUCUGGAGAACGCUGUCCCUCGAUUGACGACGCGGAAGCGAGAAACAUCAAUAACAUAAGAGAACGAAGAUCGCCACAUUUCUUCUACCACAUUUCUUCUUUCCUCUACCGAACAACACCCGACUGAUUUGGUGGCUGGACAAGCCUUCAUUGGGAACAACAGUCAAGGAAGUUGCGCAGACUUAACAUUGAUAUCCACUCCGCCAAAAUGGAAGAGCAAAAUUGGUGCACCCUCUCCAUCCUCUGUGGCCGCGGAACAAAAGGAUACCACUACACAGUGGAGAAGAUACAAUACAGCAAAAAAACAGAACUGAGAGAGGGGGAUAAACUCGUGAAACUCAAUGGGGAACCUCUUUCAAAAUACAGUCCAGAAGAAUUCUGCGAUCGCCUGCCGAUGUCUGGUGGCCAAGGCCAACGUGAAUGUGUCGCAUGGGAAGUAGAACAGAAUCAAGGAACUGAACAGUACAAUGAACAUGGAUCAGCAUCUGCUAGGUGUCCGAUGCGGAGCAGCUUUGACGUGACCAUCAUUGUUAUGCUGUGUGAUGCCGAAAUGACGGUGUUUCAUGCAGAUAAUGACACUGUCAGCGUGGAGACCUGCUUCUACAACGUCAUUUCUUGUAUAUGUAAGGCAGUUCAAGUCCUUCACUGCGGCACAUACCUGGGAUUGACCCCUGAAGGACCCGGCUUUCAAAACACAAACAGUGAAAUAACAAUGCUUACCUUGAGAACAGAGAAAGGGGAAGAUUUCGUUGGCUUUCGGUUUCCAGGAGAUUGCUUUCUGAAAUGCGGGGAAAAUGGGGAAAUAGAUGCCAUGGUAGACAGAUGAUACACUCCUGAAGAUCACAAAGGGAGAACCACCCAACGAUAUAAAGAAGACCAUGGAGAACAUGAAAUCCUCUUUAUUUCGGCGUGAAGAAGUGACAGACAGCUGCAAGUUUCAAUCUUGUAAAUUUCCUGGCCAUUUCCUUCAUAAAAAUGGGAAUAUGCUAGCAGUAGGCCAAUAUGUCACUGGGGGGGACUGCCACUUUGUUUUAGAAGGACGAAUUGAAAUGGACUGUGGUAAAACAUUACGACUGCCAUGCAUGCCAUAAAAACGUCGUAAAAAAGUAGUUCACUUUCACUUUAUUCCAAUGUGGUUCACGUUUGAUGCAUUUUUGAAUGAGCCAUUUGCCAGUGUAUCGGUGCUUAUAGUAUCUUCCACAAUGCAUUUUCAUGUUCAAAAUUCCAUUGCAAUUAUUCUCUUUUUAUUAAUCUAAACUUGUGUCGUCAGUCACCACAUUACAUUGCAGCAGACACUUAUCAAAAGCAAUAUACAGUUAUGUAGUUAUUGGGAAUUGGUCACUGGUUUUGGAGCCAUGUGGCGUUAGGUGUUAUGCUCAAGGGCACUCUGAAAACAAGUCUCUUGGAUUUACCUCAUUAUAUAGGGAACAUUGGUUGGCCACAACUAUUUUAUACAUGCAAAAUUAACCUGUGUAUUUUGUGCUGAUUGAAUGUGUUUAAAUAAUGAACAUGUUUUGACUUCUUUAGACAUGUCAAUCCUUCACCUGUCUGACAUGUCCUUAUCCUUUUUCCUUCUCCUAAGAAACUCACAGUUAUUUAGCGAGUAUAUUGAUUACAGUUCUUGGAAAGUAAGACGUUUAUAUAUAUAUAAACAUCUGUAAACAUAGCAUAUAUAUAUAAAUAUAAGUUAUACAUUAUUUCACUUAUUAUUUUGGUCAGCACCCUAAAAGAAGACAAUGCUGUUUGGGUGAAACCUGCUCCAACCUUUCUAAACUUACAGUUCUUGGAACAAUGUGAAGUUAGGUGACUUGCAGCCACACAGAGUGGUGAUGGUGGAAUUCGAAC